AUGAAGCUAAGCUCAUUUAAAGUGCCAAAGCCGGUUUGUUUUUGCUUGGUUCUGGCAGUCAUAAUGCUAUUGGUACCUGCUCUAUUGAUACCAUUUUGGGUCAAUAAGAUCAAAAAAAUUGAAGGCGAAAUUAAGGUGUAUAUAUCAGGCAAUGUACAAGAUGUAUUACAAAGCCAUUUUCACAAGAAUAUUAAAUUUGGAUUAAUGCUUAUAAUCCUAAUGAUGGUUGGACUGGCUAUUUCCAUAUUCACUUUUGUUGUUCUAACAAUAAGAGGAGCAAGAAGAGAAAUGUAUUUGUGUUCAGCACUUAUAAAUCAAAUGGAAGCAACUCAACAAGCAGAAAGGAAAAGUAUGAACAAAAGCACUGCAUUUGUUCUUGCAAAUCAUGAUAUUAGAGCUUCUCUUGCUGGAAUUAGUGGAUUAAUUGAGAUGUGUCGCGCCAAUGCUUCGCCAAAAUCCGAAUUGCAGAAGAAUUUGAAUCAUAUGGAAACUUGCACAAAUAAUCUUUUAGCAAUAUUGAAUUCUAUUCUUGAUCAAAGCAAGAUUGAAGAAGGGAAGAAGCAACUUGAGCAAAAAGAAUUCAACAUGGAAGAUCUACUAGAAUAUGUUGUCAACUUAUUUUAUCCAAAAGGAGCAAUGGAUAAUGUAGAUGUGAUACUAGAUCCGUGUGAUGGUUCUAUCAAAAGAUUCUGUCGCGUUAAAGGAGAUAAAACAGAACUAGAACGGAUCUUGACUAACUUGUUGAGUAAUGCAGUUAAAUUUACCUCAGAGGGGCACAUUACUCUUCGAGUUUGGGCUCGAAAACCUGGUUUUGAUCAAAGCUCCAAUAAUUCUGCACCAAAUACAAGUAACUCUGGCAUUGGUUGUAUGUCAUGUUUACUUUUGCACAAUAAUAAUGAAGCUUCUGCUCAAUUGCAAGUACAGGACAAAGUCCAGCACGAUCCCAACUGCGUGGAAUUCAUAUUCGAGGUGGAGGAUACAGGGAAAGGAAUUCCCAAAGAGAAACAUAAGUCAGUGUUUGAAAAUUAUGUUCAAGUGAAUGAGACGACUUCUAACCACGAACAGCCAGGCACUGGCUUAGGACUCGGCAUUACUCAGUCUUUGGUACAUUUGAUGGGAGGCAAAAUAAGUAUCGUCGACAAGAAAAUUGGUGCAAAGGGUACUUGCUUUAGAUUCAACAUUUUCUUGAUAGCAUGUGAUUAUCAGCCUCAACAACAUCAAGCAUUUAGUGCUAAUAAUGCAAGAGAAGAUGAUUUGGAGUCACAUUUUGGAGGUUAUAUAUCUAGUGACUCUUAUCAUCAUUCAGUAGCAAGCAGUAAUAGUAUCACUGGCCAUCAGAAACCAGAAAGUUCUACUACUGUCAUUCUUUUCAUCAAAGAAGAGGAAAGAAGCCGAGUUCUAUGUAGAUUCAUGACGCGGAUCAUAGGCUUAGAGGUACAUGCUGUGAGGCGACACGAGCAGUUUUCUCAUACUCUUAAGAAGGUAAAAAGGGAAAUUAUCAACUUUUCAUCAUACAACUCUGCCUCCUCCUCCUCAGGGAAAUCAAAGGAAAUUCCUCUCAGUGCUUUAGAUGGAACAUAUGAUGAUCAUAUCCCGUCGUUUCAGAGGAGGGGAAGAGGACUUCAUUCUAAGAGCGCGCUUAUAAGAUUCAUCUUGAUUAUAAUUGACACAAAUGCUGGCCCCAUUCGAGAAAUAACUCGAGCUAUGGCUGAAUUUCGGAAGGACUUUCCCAAGAAUGUUUCCCUUCGAGUUGUUUGGCUCGAUAAACCAGGGCUAGAUGAUGAUAAGCUACCUUCAACAGAUAUAGUUAUGACAAAACCACUACAUGGUUCUUGUUUAUAUCAUGUUCUCGGAUUUGUACCAGAGUUUGGAGAUAAAAUUUUACCAACUGUCACACAUGAAACAAAGGAUGAAACAACUUCAAGAAUGAGGGUUCAGCAACCUCCAAUGAGGUCCAGAAGUCCGCCUUUAGAAGCGAAAACACGGGAUGUUUCUGUUGAUGUUAAUGGAAGUUCUAAUAAGAACUUACCUUUAACAGGAAAGAGAAUUUUGGUGGUUGAGGAUAACGCGAUAUUACUUAUGGUUUGCAAAAGAAUGGUUUCUCAGCUUGGUGCAAUGACUUACACAUGUAAAAAUGGUGAACAAGCUCUAGCUCAUGUUCGCAAAGGCCUCAGUGAUCAACGCGAUAUAGGACCGUCUACUCCUUCAUCACCAUUUGAUUAUAUUCUGAUGGAUUGUGAGAUGCCAGUGAUGGAUGGAUUUGAAGCAACCAGAUGCAUUAGGGAAGAAGAAGCGCGAUAUGGUAUUCGAAUUCCUAUUAUAGCUUUAACAGCUCAUUCAGCAGAAGAAGAGAUCAUAGCUAAGAUUUUUCAAGUUGGAAUGGAUUAUUACUUACCUGAUAAACGAAUCGAUCGUGAUGGGCUUUUGAAAGCCAUAGAUUAUAUAGAGCAUAGAAAGGUUUAA